AUGGCCCCGCGCAAGAAGGCUACCACGGUCGCCAAGCCCAGUAGCAAACCUAGCAAAUCCAGCAAAUCCAGCAUUGCACCUCCCGCAACACCUCUAACGCCAGCAAUACCACCUGCACGCGCACACGAUGCGUCGUACCACUACCCGCUUCUUUUGGACGGUCGAUCAGGUUGCGACGCGUUGUUGAGUUGGUUCCAUGGCGUUGCGGAGACGCGUAGUAUGCCGUGGAGAAAGAAAUGGAUUGAUCCGGACGAGUACGAAGACAAGGAAGAGCUGGGACGCGUUUUGUCGAAGAGGGCGUAUGAGGUUUGGGUUUCGGAAGUUAGUGAGUAUAUCAUUUUCUUUGUGGUGGAGUUUUUACAUUGGACGCGUGAACGCGGUGUCACGUGCUCUGUUCGCGAUCGCGUCUUCCACUGGAGGCUUGAGGAAACUUUGGCUGACAACCGCAUAGUGCUUCAACAGACUCGCGUGUCGACAGUGAUAGCGUAUUUCAACAAUUGGGUCGAAAAGUGGCCCACGGUUCAAGAUCUUGCCGAAGCGAACCAUGAUGAUGUUCUUUCCGUAUGGAAGGGUCUGGGUUACUACUCACGUGCAACACGUCUUCAUGAAGGUGCGAAGGCUAUGAUUGCCAAAUCUGCUGGUGCUUCGUGCGCACUCCCCAGUGGUGCUACGGAGCUACAGGAAUUUCCCGGCAUUGGAAGAUAUACCGCAGGCGCGGUGUCUAGUAUCGCAUUCGGUGAAGCAGAGCCUGUCCUCGACGGGAACGUGGCGCGCGUGCUCAGUCGACAGCUGGGUUUGUACAUGGACGUCAAAGACAAGAAGGCUACCGAUGUUCUUUGGGAUAUGGCUGAUCGACUAAUCAAACACGCUUCUAACUUUCCGGAAAUACGGACGAGUGAGGUGCCCGGGCUGUGGAAUCAAGCGCUUAUGGAGCUCGGAUCCACUUUGUGUACGCCGCGACCCAGGUGUGACGAGUGUCCUAUUCAGUCGACAUGCAGAGCCUACAGCGAAGGAAAGGCGUUAUCUGACAAGCGCCAGUCGGCGGUUGUAAUACCUGACAUCGAGGACGCAUGCUCUCUGUGUGCGUCGUUAGAUACCGAAGACUUGGUUGCAGUUUCUGAAGACGCAACGAACGACGAGCCGCCACGAGCGAACAAAAAGAGAAAAGCCACCACGAAACAAACAAACACUAUCUCGCAGUACUUCGCUAUUGGAACGCCAAAGUCAAAUGUAGAAACGGAAGACGACGACGAUGAUCUUGAUAGCCCACCUGUCGAGGAUUCCAAGAAGCGGAAGCUGCCGGCGCCUACUGGAGAGUCGAAAUCUAUAUCCACGUACUGCUCACUAUUUCCGAAGAAAGUGGCGAAGAAGAAGGCAGCCGAAGAAGACUGUGUGGUAUGCAUGGUAGAGUUGCGCUCGAAUGACGGCAGCAGUAAAUGGCUGAUAGAGCAGAGGCCCGCCAAAGGUCUCCUCGCAUCACUGUGGCAAUUUCCGCAGAACACGCUGACUGCAUCACACAAGACGCCUCAGCAGCGCAAGACGUCGGCGCAGCAAUACAUCUCUGACCUCGAUGCCGGCGCCGCUGACAUGAGCAAAGCGCGUUAUGUUGCCAGCUUUCCGCCAUUGGUCCAUGUGUUUAGCCAUUUGAGGCUGACCAUGCAUACCCAUCAGUACAGGAUCGACGCCGAUAAGGCCGGAGAUAUCGAGCUUACAUGCAAGGGCCCGCCCACCCGCAAGUGGGUAGACAGCAAAGCCAUGGACAACGAGACUUUGUCUACUGGAAUGCGCAAGUGCUGGGACCUCGUUUCCGAAAGUCUUUGA